AUGGAGGAGCGGGAGAAGCUCGUGUUCCUGGCCAAGCUCGCCGAGCAGGCGGAGCGAUACGACGAUAUGGUGGAAUUCAUGAAGAAUCUUGCUAGGAUGGAUGUGGAUAUGAGUGCUGAAGAAAGGCAUUUGUUCUCAGUUGGUUUCAAGAACACUAUCGGGGCAAAGAGAGCAUCAUGGAGAAUCAUUUGCUCACAUGAGCAAAAGGUCACAACUGAUCGUCAGACUGGUGUGAUGAUAGAUGCCUAUAAAAAGAAAGUAGAAGAUGAACUAAGGAAGGUUUGCAAUGAAGUAUUGUCAAUCAUCGCUAUUCAUUGCCUUCCCUUGGCCAAUGCGGGUGAAAAUGUCGUGUUCUUUUAUAAGAUGAAUGGUGACUACUAUCGUUACUUGGCUGAAUUUAGCACUGGAACUGAAAGGAAAGCUGACUCUGAUCAGUCACUUAUGGCCUAUCAGCAUGCCAUGGUUGUCGCCUCCAGUGAGCUCUCACCUGCCCACCAGAUCCGGCUUGGCCUUGCUCUCAAUUUGUCGGUCUUCUUUUAUGAGAUAAUGAACUCUCAUGAGAGAGCUUGCCAAGUGGCAAAACAAGCAUUUGAUGAGGCUCUUACUGAGAUAAAUUCUGGUGAAGGGGUUUACAAGGAUAGCACACUUAUGAUGCAGCUUCUGAAGGACAACUUAGCAUUGUGGACAUCAGAACUAACUGGAGGUGAAGCAUCCAAGGAUAAUGAUGUCGACAUGGAGGUGAUGCUGUAUUGGCAAUUUACAGUGAUGAGAGUGAGUUUUGAACUAAAUACACUGGAAAACCAUCUAAGCUCUGCAAUUUUGCUGAUGAACAUGUGGGUGCGUAUACACGGGGGUGCAGAUUUUACUGUCUGGUUGUCAGGACCCUGGUGGGCUGUUGGACCGGCCAAUGGUCAAGAGAAGUGGGCUGGGCCAUCUUGGGCCCAUGGAAGGAAACGACGAUACAAAACUCACUCUGGCAACCCAUCCUGGCCACGGUGCAGUGGGCCGCAUCCAGGCUCGCCGCCGCCGGGUCGGCCUUCGGCAGGCCGGCCGGCGACCACCCCCGGCAUUCUCCUUAAUUGCUUCCUCGACCUCGAUGUUGCCACCGGAAGCAGCCAUCACCAACCCUGCGGCAACAAGUGUGAGCUGCGCUGCGCACACCAAGGGGGCAGAAACGGCCACGAACAGGACGACCGCAGUCUUGUUUAA